AUUAAUGUUUUCAAAGGAAUUGCGGAUGAAGAUGCUGCCAAGGUCGUGGAUGGUUUGGCUCCAAAGGUUGCUGAUAGAAACGAUUCUAUUGAACAAGUGAAGAAGCUAUAUAAGGUUUUCUGUGAAUCUGAUUGCACAUUGUUGGAAAUCAAUCCACUUGCUGAGACUUCUAGCAACCAAUUAGUAGUUGCUGAUGCGAAGUUAAACUUUGAUGAUAAUGCUGCAUUUCGUCAAAAGCAGAUAUUUUAUCUUCGUGAUCCGUCACAAGAGGAUCCUCAAGAAGUUGCAGCUGCCAAAGCUGAUUUGAAUUACAUUGGCUUAGAUGGAGAAAUCGGUUGCAUGGUAAAUGGUGCAGGGUUAGCAAUGGCUACAAUGGAUAUAAUUAAGUUGCAUGGGGGAACUCCUAAUUUUCUUGAUGUAGGUGGAAAUGCUUCUGAAGGCCAGGUCUGGUAG